ACAUAGCUUCUUCAGCUUCGCAAACCCAGCAGUCGAGAAAAACCUUAGAGAGGAAAAUGGAAGAAGAAAACCAAAAUGGGGAGGCGCCCCCAAAAUUCCCAGCAUUUCCUUACAAACCCUACGCCAUCCAGAUCGACUUCAUGAACGCUCUUUAUCACUCUCUCAACCAAGGCGGCCUCUCCAUGCUCGAAAGCCCCACCGGGACUGGUAAAACUCUAAGUAUCAUUUGUAGUGCUUUGCAAUGGGUGGUCGAUAAGAGGGAGCAAGAGAAAUUGAAAAAAGAGGUUGAAACUGACAAUAGUAGUGCUAAAGGUGGUGAAUUUGGCUCCGAUGAUGAACCUGAUUGGAUAAGGAAUGCUGUUAUUAACAAUGACAUUCAGGGUGAGGAGAAGAAGUCUAGGAAGAAGGAUAAAUUUGGGAGUGGAUUUCGCAGGGCCGAUAAGAGAAAGAACCAUGCAAAUUGUACUGAUUUGUUCUCUCGGCGUGUUGAGGAAGAGUCUUGCACAAAGAAGGAGGGAAAGAGUUUGCAAGUGAGCAGUGAUGCUGUGGAUUUGAAUGAUGAGGAGGAGUUUUUGCUGGAAGAACAUGAAAGUGAUGAGGAAGGUGUUCCAUGUGCUAGGAAGUCGAAGAGGAAGGUUGCUGGGGUUUCUCUUAGUUCGUCAAGUGACGAGGAAGAUGGAGCAGAUGGGUCUAGUGAUGAUGAUGAAGAUGAGGGGGAAGAGAAGUUGAAGGUUUAUUUUUGUAGUCGGACACAUUCACAGCUUUCACAGUUCAUAAAGGAGUUGAGAAAGACAGUCUUUGCUAAUGAGAUGAAGGUGGUUUGUUUGGGCUCAAGGAAGAAUUUCUGCAUUAACCAAGAGGUAUUGAAACUUGGAAACUCAACUCGCAUCAAUGAACGCUGUUUGGAACUUCAGAAAAACAAGAAUAAGGAAGUUUCUAAAAUCAAGAGCAUAGGUGCAGGAGGAAGGAUUCGCAGGAACAAGGCUUCUUGUGGAUGCCCAAUGCUUAGGAAACAUAAACAACAGAAAGAAUUCAAGAGCAUGAUGUCUCAACUCGGUGCCUUGGAUAUUGAAGAUCUUGUUCAUCAGGGAAGGAACAUGAGGUGUUGUCCAUAUUAUGGCUCCCGAAGCAUGGUUCCUGCUGCUGAUCUGGUGGUUCUACCAUAUCAAUCUCUUCUUUCAAAAGCAUCCCGCGAAUCACUUGGUCUGAAUCUAAAGAACAAUAUUAUUAUCAUAGAUGAGGCCCACAAUCUAGCUGACUCCUUAAUCAGCAUGUAUGACUCAAAAAUCACUUUGUCACAGCUGGAAGAUGUGCAGUGCAAUAUUGAAAAGUACUUUGCAAGGUUUAGCAAUCUCUUGGGACCUGGAAACCGCAGAUACAUCCAAACGCUCACAGUGCUCACUCGGGCUUUUCUUCGAGUUUUGCUCAAUGAGGACACCGGUUAUGAAGGUUCUUGCCAUGAUACUGAAAACUCUUCUGGAGAAAAUGGCGUGCCUACUUCCUCUAUGGCCAUCAAUGAUUUUUUAUUUUCACUCAAUAUAGACAACAUCAACUUGGUUAAAUUGCUUGAGUAUAUAAAGGAAAGCAAAAUCAUGCACAAGAUCAGUGGAUAUGGGGAUAAACUAGCCAGCUUUGAAAAAAGCUUGCCACUUGAUGGUAGUGAAGAAAGAAGCACUCUGUCCAGUUUCCAGGCAUUAGCUGAUUUUUUGCUAUCACUGACAAACAAAGAUGGUGAUGGGAGGAUUAUCAUUUCACGGACUAAACCAACAUGCUCUGGGCAGCAAGGGGGAUACAUCAAAUAUGUUAUGCUCACAGGGGAGAAGAUAUUUUCUGAGAUUGUGGAACAGGCACAUGCUGUGCUACUGGCUGGGGGAACUCUGCAACCCAUAGAAGAAACGAGGGAGCGGCUUUUUCCUUGGUUACCACCGAACCAGUUGCAUUUCUUUUCAUGUAGCCACAUUGUUCCUCCAGAGAGCAUUUUGCCAGUUGCAGUUGCUCGUGGCCCUUCUGGUCAGCCGUUCGAUUUUAGUUACAGCUCUAGAAGGUCAUCAAUCAUGAUACAGGAGCUAGGGCGUUUGGUUUGCAAUUUGGUGACAGUGGUUCCUGAAGGAAUCGUUGUCUUCUUCUCUUCAUUUGAUUAUGAAGGAGAGGUGUACAAUGCAUGGGAGGCUUCAGGCAUCCUCGAUAGAAUUGAGAAGAAGAAGCGUCUAUUUAGAGAGCCUAGGAAGAAUACAUAUGUAGAAUCUGUUCUGAAGGAGUACAAGGAAACAAUUGAUACCUUGUCUUCAGGAGAAAGGAAAGAAAAUCCUUUUCAGAGUGGUGCCAUACUUCUUGCUGUUGUUGGUGGUAAGAUAUCGGAGGGCAUAAACUUGAGUGAUGGGAUGGGUCGGUGUAUAGUCAUGGUUGGACUGCCCUAUGCGAGCCUUUCUGAUGUUGAGCUGAUGGAGAGGGUGAAGCACAUUGAAGGAUUGGGAAAUUCAAAUUCGAUUAAGAUGACCAAUUCUUUACGUGGUAAUGAACUUUACAGUGGAGAAGCACAUGAAGGAUUUGAUAUCCUCCGAAGUUGCAGACACAGAGGAAAAGAAUAUUAUGAGAAUCUUUGCAUGAAAGCUGUGAACCAGUCCAUCGGUAGAGCAAUCCGGCAUAUAAAUGAUUAUGCAGCAAUUUUACUAGUUGAUACACGCUAUGCAGCUGAUUCCUCAACACGGAAUUUCAGGCAUCCAACUAGCAAGCUCCCACAGUGGAUAAAGGAUCGUUUCGUUGCUUCAGGUGAUUACGGUCAACUUCAUAGGAUGUUGCAUCAGUUUUUUAGUUAUAACAAAAAGAGAUGAUCUCAGCUGUAAGCUAUAGAUUCCAAGAAGUUGAUGACAGCUGAGACUGUGAGAUAAGAAUGCAGUAGUAGUUAAAUCUUACAAAGCUUUGAUUGUAUUAUAACUUUGUGAGCAGCAAAUUUUGUCCAACUAGACCAAAAUGCAAUCUGAUAUAUAGUUGAACAUUUAUAGAAUUUCAGGCUUCUUAACGCA